CACACACACGCUCUGACUGUGCUCUGACAGUCAGCGCCCUGCCGGGUUUAGAUGCACUUCUCUCUUCCUCUCUCUCUCCCCCUCCGAGUGCAUGUGUGUGAGUGCACGAGAGUUAGUGUGUCUGUGUGCGUGUGUGUAUGUAUGUAAGUAAGUAACUGCCAGCCAGCCAGCCACCCUGCGCAGCCUCUCUCUCUUCCUUUCUCUUUCUCUGUCUAGCCCUCUCCUUCCCUCUCUUUCUUCUUCUCCACUGCCGGCAAAGCGAACCAGCCUCCACCAUGGCCGACCUGGAGGGCUUUGAGUUCGGCAAGUCAGACUUUGUGCUUCUGGAUGAGGUCAACAUGGAACACUUUAUGGCAAACCUGAAGCUGAGGUUUGAGAAAGGCCGUAUCUACACCUUCAUCGGGGAGGUGGUGGUGUCGGUGAACCCUUACAAGCAGAUGGACAUCUAUGGGAAGGAGGAGAUCGACGCCUACCGGGGUCGAGAGCUGUACGAGAACCCGCCGCACCUGUACGCCGUGGCCGACGCCGCAUACAAGGCCAUGAAGAGACGAGCCAAAGACACAUGCAUCGUCAUAUCAGGUGAGAGUGGAGCCGGCAAGACAGAAGCAAGCAAAUACAUCAUGCAGUACAUAGCAGCCAUCACCAAUCCAUCCCAGAGAGAGGAAGUGGAGAGUGUGAAAAACGUCCUCCUGAAGUCGAACUGCGUACUGGAAGCCUUCGGCAACGCCAAGACCAACCGCAACGACAACUCCAGUCGCUUCGGCAAGUACAUGGACAUCAACUUCAACUUCAACGGAGACCCCACAGGAGGACACAUCAACAACUACCUGCUAGAGAAAUCAAGGGUGGUGCAGCAGCAAGGGGGAGAGAGAAACUUCCAUUCCUUCUAUCAGCUGCUGCGUGGAGGAACCCCUGAGAUGCUGAGCAGUCUGCAUCUAAAGAAGGAGCCCGAGGCCUACGUCUACACCAGAGAGGGAGCCACCGUGGCCACUGGCUCCAAUGAUGGUGGAUGUCAUAAAGCUGUGCUAAGUGCUCUCAAAGUGAUCGGCUUCACUCAAGAGGAGAUCUCGUCCAUCUACAAGAUCAUUGCCACGAUUCUGCUGCUGGGGAACCUGGUGUUUGAGUACGAUGGCGAGGCGGUGACGAUACCGGCAGCUGACGCAGUGCAGCACAUCGCUGAGCUAACCUCCUCAGACGCCGAGAGCGUCAGCAAGGCCCUGCUGUUCCGCACCGUGGCCACUGGGGGUGGCGAGGUCAUCGAGAAGGGACACAGCCAGCAGGAGGCCUGCUUCGGACGCGACGCCUUCGCCAAGGCUCUUUAUGAGCGACUGUUUGGCUGGAUUGUCAGUCGGAUCAAUGCAGUGAUCGAAGUCAAAAACUACAACCCUGCGCUCCAUGGCAAGAACACGGUCAUUGGUGUGCUGGAUAUCUAUGGCUUUGAGAUCUUUGACAACAACAGUUUUGAGCAGUUCUGCAUCAACUACUGCAAUGAGAAGCUGCAGCAGCUCUUCAUAGAGUUGAUCCUUCGACAGGAACAGGAGGAGUACAACCGAGAGGGCAUCACAUGGCAGCAUGUUGAGUACUUCAAUAACCAGAUCAUCGUGGACCUGGUGGAGCAGAACCACAAGGGGAUCAUCUCCAUCCUGGACGAGGCGUGCCUGACGGUGGGCAACGUGACCGACACCAUCUGUCUGGAGAGCAUGAACAGCAAGCUGGGACAGCACCCCCACUUCACCUCGCGCAAGCUCUGUCCCACGGACAAGACCAUGGAGUUCCAUCGGGAUUUCCGCAUCCGUCACUAUGCCGGCGACGUCACGUACUCUGUCGAAGGUUUUCUGGACAAGAACAAAGAUCCGCUAUUUCAAGAUUUCAAGAGGCUCAUGUACAACAGCUCCGACCCCGUGCUGAAAGACAUGUGGCCCGAGGGGCAGCUGAGCAUCACGGAGGUGACCAAGCGCCCGCUGACAGCCGCCACCCUCUUCAAGAACUCCAUCAUCGCCCUGGUGGCCAAGCUCGCAUGCAAGGAGCCCUACUAUGUGCGCUGCAUUAAACCCAAUGAGAUGAAGUCUCCGGUGCUGUUUGACGAGGCGCGAUGCCAACACCAGGUGGCGUACCUGGGCCUGCUGGAGAACGUCCGGGUACGCAGGGCCGGCUUUGCCUACAGACAGCCCUACGCACGCUUCCUGCAGAGGUACAAGAUGACGUGUGAGUACACCUGGCCCAAUCACCUGAUGGCGACGGACCGCGAGGCGGUGGAGGCCAUCGUGACGCAGCACGGGUUCGAGGAGGACGUGGCCUACGGACACACCAAGCUGUUCGUGCGCACGCCCCGAUCACUGUACACACUGGAGCAGGAGAGAGCCGCACUCAUCCCCAUACUGGUGCUCUUCCUACAGAAGGUGUGGCGCGGCACGUUGGCGCGCAUGCGUUGCCGGCGUCUGCGUGCCAUCUACGCCAUCAUGGGCUGCUACAAGCGCUACAAGGUGAAGGCGCACUUCUGGGAGGUGGAGCGGCGCUUCGCGGGCGUGCGCGGCAUGGAGGACUACGGCAAGAGCGUGGAGUGGCCUACGCCCCCCGCCGCACUCGCACAGUUCCACGCCAUCACCCAGAACCUACACCGCAGGUGGAGGGCCAGGCAGAUCAUCAAGAACAUCCCUCCGUCGGACAUGCCCGAGGUGCGGGCCAAAGUAGCGGCCCUCACUGCCCUCUCUGGGGAGCGGCCACAGUGGGGCUGCGGACGAGCAUGGGAGAGGGACUACCUGGCUAACGCUCGAGAUGCGCCUCAGACCAGCUCCAAUUUCUCCCGCGCCGCUAAGGACUUGAAGAGCAGAGACACGUAUGGCCAAGUCCUCUUCUCUGGGUCCGUACGAAUGCUGAACUGGUUCAACAACACCAAAGACAGAGCACUGCUGGUGACGGACAAGCACGUCUACAAGCUGGAGCCAAAGAAGUACAAGGUGCACAAGAAGAUAGCACUGGACACGGUGACUGGCCUGAGUGUCACGAGUGGAAAUGACCAGAUGGUGGCGCUACACACGUCCAAUCAGGAUGACUUCCUGGUUUAUCUGCAGCGAGGUCAGCUCUGCCCCAACCAGGACCGUGUCGGGGAGCUCGUGGGCACCCUUUGUGACCAUUUCACCAGGGUGCUGAAGAAGGAUCUCCCGGUGACGGUGUCUCAGAGGACUCUGACCGUCUACAUGAGCGGCAAACAGAAAAGCAUCGCCAUGGAGACCAAGGCGGGCCAGCUCGCCGCCGACUUCCGCAAGAGCCGAACGGGCUUCACCUUACUGCUUCCCACACAAUGACCCUGACUGUCUACCACUCACACAG